CCCGCCCACCCACUCGCCCGUCCCCCUGCCCUGUUCACAAUGCAGCCUGCUUCUGCAAAGUGGUAUGAUCGAAGGGACUAUGUCUUCAUUGAAUUUUGUGUUGAAGACAGUAAAGAUGUUAAUGUAAAUUUUGAAAAAUCCAAACUUACAUUCAGUUGUCUUGGAGGAAGUGAUAAUUUUAAACAUUUAAAUGAAAUUGAUCUUUUCCACUGUAUUGAUCCAAAUGAUUCCAAGCAUAAAAGAACGGAUAGAUCAAUUUUAUGUUGUUUACGGAAAGGAGAAUCUGGACAGUCAUGGCCAAGGUUAACAAAAGAAAGGGCGAAGCUUAACUGGCUUAGUGUGGACUUUAAUAAUUGGAAAGACUGGGAAGACGAUUCAGAUGAAGACAUGUCUAAUUUUGAUCGUUUCUCUGAGAUGAUGAACAACAUGGGUGGUGAUGAGGAUGUAGAUUUACCAGAAGUAGAUGGAGCAGAUGAUGAUUCACAAGACAGUGAUGAUGAAAAAAUGCCAGAUCUGGAGUAAAGAAUGUUGUCAUCACCUGGAUUUUGAGAAAGAAAAAUAACUUCUCUGCAAGAUUUCAUAAUUGAGAGAAUUCCUGAGUUGAUAGCUCUAAAGGCAGAUGCUGUAUUUGCCUCCUUUAACCCAUUUUCAACCUGUUUGUUUUUUAAAAGGCUUCACUAAGGGUUGAUAAGUAAGUACCAUUGUAUGGGGCAGUUUUAAGUCAGCUAAGGCAAUAACCUUAUGCAUGAACAUUUCCCAGACUUCAUGAAGCUGUUGAGGUCCUAGGCAAUUGAUAAAGCAGUUGUGAUAAAUAAAACAUUUCACCUAA